CGCUGCAACCCGCACACCUGCACCAUGCUGUCAGUCGCGUCCAGCCUAUUCGGCAAGUCGUCGACGCUCUCAGCGUACACGCUGCACUCGGCCGGGCCGUCGCCGUCGAGCUCGUCGACCGCCCUGCCGGGCAUUGGUCCGUCCUCGGGCCGCUCGUCCCCCGCCGUUCCAGGAGGCCCGGCGCACGCCAAGCCGUUCAACGCCGGCCUGUGGAAGGUGCUCGCGGCGACGCACAAGACGACGGGGAAGGACGUCAGCGUGUGGGUGUUUGAGAAGAAGGUGCUCGACGGGCUGAGGUCGGGGCGGGACUAUGUUGUCGAGCAGCUCAAGAAGGAGGCGACCGCCCUCUCCCGCCUACGACACCCCGACAUCCUGCACAUGGUCGAGCCGCUCGAAGAGUCGCGCUCAGAGCUCACAUUCGUGACCGAAACCGUCACCGCCACGCUCGGCAACCUCAUCGCGGCGGCCAAGAGCGGCAAGGGGCGGAGCGACGACGCGGGCGAGGUCGACCUAGACGAGGUCGAAAUCCAGAAGGGGACGCUGCAGAUCGCCAAGGGUCUGGGAUUCUUGCAUCAGCAGGCCAAGAGCGUGCACUUGAAUCUGAACCCCGACGCGAUUCUCAUCAACGCCAAGGGCGACUGGAAGCUCUCUGGACUGCAAUACACCACACCGCUACAGGGGACAGAUGGGAACCCCACGCGUGCGCAGUACCCCGAGGUCGAUGGCCGGCUGCCGCCUCAGAUCCAGUGGAAGCUGGACUAUCUAGCCCCCGAGUACGCCAUCGACCAGCAACUGAGCACCGCCAACGACCUGUACUCGCUCGGCUGCGUACUAUACGCCGUUCAUAUCGGCAAGGCGCCGUUCGCGAACCGCGGCUCGUUGCAGAGCCUGCGGGAGAAUGCCGACGGCGGCCUAACGAGGCGAGAGUAUGCGCGUGGACCGCGAUGGGAGCGGAGCAGCAACGAGCUCAAGGACCUGCUACCUAGGCUGCUCACGCGCAAUGCCAACGGACGCAUCUCCCUCGCCUCGCUCGCAACGCACCCCUUCUUCUCCUCCCUCGCCAUCUCGACUCUCAACUUCUUGGAUCCGACGACAUUCGCGUCCAAGCCGCGCGAGGAGAAGGCUACCUUCCUCCGCGGCCUUGUCCGCGUUCUUCCCACCUUCUCGGCGCGCUUGAAAAAGGGCAAAAUCCUGCUCAGCCUUCUCGAGGAGAUGAAAGACCCCUACCUCCUCCCCUUCAUCCUUCCGAACGUGUUUGAGAUCUCGAAGAGCUUGUCCAAGGAAGAGUUUGCGACGGUGCUUCCCAAGCUUCAGCCGCUGUUUGCGCUCAAGGACCCACCGCAGAACAUGCUCACGCUGCUCGAAAACCUUACGCUGUUCGAGGAGAAGACCUCGCCGCAGGUCUUCCGCGAGGCUGUCAUGCCCCUGAUCUACAACUCACUCGAGAGCGAGCACCUGCCAGUUCAGGAGCGCGUCUUGAAGGCUGUCCCUCAUCUCACAGAGAUUCUCGACUACGGCACAGUGCAGAACGUGCUGUUGGUCAAGGUGGCCAUCCUGUUCACCCGCACCCGUAUCCUCUCCGUCAAGGUGCAGACGCUCGAGUGCUUCCGCGCGAUGGUGGCCACACUCGACGCAACGACAUUGACGACCAAACUCGUGCCCCUCCUCGCCAAGAUCAAGACCAAGGAGCCCGCUGUCACGAUGGCGACGCUUUCUGUCCAGGAGGCGAUGGGGCAGAAAGUCAGCCUCGAGGCUAUCGCCACGCUCGUCCUUCCCCAGCUGUGGGCCAUGUCCAUGGGGCCAUUGCUCAACGCCGAUCAAUUCAGCCGCUUCAUGCAGGUCAUCAAGACGCUCGGUGCCCGAGUGGAGAAGGAGCACAGCCAGCACUUGCGCGAAGUACGCAAAAUGGAGGAGCAGACAAACGCCUUCAGCAACGGCACGACUGACGGCACGCCGUUCGACUUCAACAGCGUGGUUGGCGCGUCGGGCGAAGUCGACUUUGAGGCACUAGUCAAGGGCCAGGGCGGCGCGUCGUCUUCGACUGCGGCGGCGUCGGCGUCGCUCGACCCGUGGGGCGAUGACGGGUGGGGCGACAGCACGAGCACGCCGGACCUCGAGUCGAGCUUCCCCGGCCUCAACCUCAGCUCGGCGCCUGUCGCGCCUGCAUCGCCACCGCAGUCCCAGUCCCGCGCGACGGGCGGAAAGCUGAAAGCGCGCGCCAUCCCCUCGUCGUCGUUCAACGCGUCCGUGUUCGAGGCCACGCCACAGCCGCAGCGCCUGCCGUCGUUUGGCGCGACGUCCCCCUCCCAGCCGGGGCGCACGCCGUCGUUCGGCGCCCCCGUCCAGCCACAGCGCCUUGGCUCCUUUGGAGCCACGAGCGCGCCGCUCUCGCCGUCGCUCGCGGGCCCCGCCCAGCCAUCGUCAGGACCAAACUACAACCUCUCACUACAGCCCCAGGCGCCCAAGCCCACCUCGCCAACGUAUGCGUCCUUCGGCGCACCCCUCCAGCCGACCCGCUCGCCGCCCCGCCAGGCCACGCAGCCGUCCUUCGCGGCCCCCUCGUUCUCCGCCCUCCCGCCACCAAUAGCCGCACAGCCGUCGUACGGCCAGCCUCUCCAGCCCGCUGCGACGGCACCCGCUGCUGCGCGCCCACCACCAGGCUGGACUUCAGGCCUAAUGCAGCCUACUGCCGCGCCCAAGCCCGCCUGGGGGUCGGGGCCGGCGUCAAAGUCUGACUGGGGCGACUUUGACCCGCUAAAGUAGGCACUGUAAUCAUAUCGCAUUUGCCGCACGCUGC